GUUGUUCGGACGUGAUCGUGCCACCGUUGCAAGUGAUGUUUGUGAAGGGUUGGUCAAGAUCUGUUGCUGCGCUGACAGUGAUGGUUUGCUCAUGGAAGUGCGAGAAGUUCCACAAGGUGCAAGAUCCCUACGCGCAGGAGUGGAACAACACGCAAGGUGUGAUGGCAGCCAUGCAAGUAGGUCGGUUGGAAGCCUCCGCUGCAUUGAACUUGCUUCAGAACAUCCCAGAGGAGAUUGUGGAGCGACUGACAACUAUGGUAAAGUCCUUCACGAUGAUCAAGUUUAUCAAUCACGACUGUUUGGCGCAUGGAUGGUUUAACAGGGACGAGCAGCUUGCCAAUUCCUCACAAGCGGCGUGGCAUGAUAUCUUGGUGAACUCCACCGAUUCGCUCACGCUUUUGUGCGAGCGGUUGUCUGCAGACUUUCUCUCUAUCAACCAAAAGCUUCGCAAACCCUGGUCAAGUGCCACGGUGGAACCGUUGAGCAGGGUUUGCGCGCUCUUUGCAGCGAGCCGUCGGUUGUUUGUGGCCAAGUUCCCGAGUGACUUUGUUUCGGCGGAGAUAGGGAAGAUAGACAAAGCGUUUCAGUUGAAGCAUGCAGACUGUGAUCUCAUGGCAAUGAUGAGCGACUCUGUCCCCCCAAUCGACCUGGAGAGAGUGGGUGUGUUUCGCAGCGCGGUGAAGAAAUUCGAGCGCAAGGCCUUCCCUUGGCCGCUGUAG